AUGGAGAGCAGCUUGCUCGACACCGCCGCGGCUGCCGGUCUUUGCCCGGCGGCGGCCGCGCGCCGCCGCGCCGGGAGCACGGCGAGCUUCCUCAGCUGCUCCUGCUCCUGCUCCUCCAGAGACUGCAGGGUGAGCGCGUCGUACUACCACUCCAUCAGCCGGAUGCUGAGCGGGGUGUGGUCGGCGGCGCGCAAGAAGCUCUUCCGGACCGACCCGGCGGCCGACCUGCUGGGCAUCGCCAACUGGUCGGAUGAGACGAGCGGCGGCGACGGGGGCCACCAGCAGCAGCAGCACUGGUGGACGGCGCUGGAGAACAACUUCGUGCUGGAGGCCACCGACGACGAGUACGGCGGGGUCGUCGUCGACGCCGACAGGCUGCCCGACGACAAGGCCGCCUUCGCGCGCUCGCUCGCGGCCUCGCUCUCUUACUGGAAGUCCGUGGGGAAGAAAGGGGUGUGGUUGAAAUUACCGGUGGAUCGAGCCGAGUUCGUCCCUUUAGCAGUGAAGGAAGGUUUCAAGUACCACCACGCGGAGGAAGCCUACCUGAUGAUGACGUACUGGAUCCCCGAUGAACCGAAUAUGCUCCCAGCAAAUGCUUCUCAUCAGGUUGGAGUUGGGGGUUUUGUGAUCAAUGACCAAAUGGAGGUCCUAGUGGUGCAAGAGAAGUAUCGCGGUUCGUCGCUGGAUGGCUUGUGGAAACUCCCCACAGGCUUCAUUCUUGCGUCAGAGGAAAUCUAUACGGGAGCCAGCAGAGAGGUGAAAGAGGAAACCGGGGUCGACACCGAAUUCGUUGAUGUCGUUGCUUUCAGGCAUGCCCACAACGUGGCGUUCCAGAAGUCCGACCUUUUCUUCAUCUGCAUGCUGAGGCCUGCGUCGAGUGAGAUCAAGAUUGACGAGACAGAGAUUCAGGCAGCAAAGUGGAUGGCGCUGGAGGAGUUCGUGAAGCAGCCCUUCAUCCAGGAAGACCACAUGUUCCAGAAGAUCAUGGACAUUUGCAUCCAGCGCCUCCGCAAGUGCUACUGUGGCCUGACGCCGCACCACCUCGUUUCCAAGUUCGACGACAGAACGUCCACGCUCUACUACAAUGUCGCCGAGCCUGAGGACAUCAAGUGCGCCGCUGCCUGA